AUGCCCCCUCUUGACCCCCGUCAAAAUCGAUGCGUAGUCUGUCGCUUCUACGGUUUCCAUGGUCCGGUCUAUAUAGCGUGUGCAGCUACCUACUCUCUACUAGCCCAACUUGCUACCGAUGAAGAGAUUGCGGCAGCCCAGUAUGCAGCAGGCGAGAUUGAAGUAGCCCAUAAUGAAGACCCCGAGAAUGCAGCGGCCGUGAUUUCUGCUCGGUACCAGCAGCUAGCCCAUCAUAUCCAACAUUACACCCCCGAGCAUGCUGUAUCUGACCCUGCCGCGGGCCACACUUCAUACGCCCAGCACGCUGCUGUCGGUCCUCCUCCCCAAGAAGCAGCCAAUUUGCCCCAAGAGGAGACUUGGAAUGAAACCCUCUACACAGGUCCACUCCAAUGGGAGGAGGUUCUUGUCAAUCGUCCUUCUGACGAAGAAGUCGAUUCGUCCGAAGAACUAGCCGGUUUCUCCCAGGGAGUGAGCUCCCGGAGAGUGGGCUCCUCCCAGAGAGUGAGCUCAACCUAUCAGGAGCCUGACCUGACCGCUUACUAUGACCCAACGCUUGACCCGCAGAGCCAGACGGCCCCAAUAAUCCCGGGCCUCACCUUCAAGCGAAAGCCCGACAACGGGAAUAGGAGGAAGAAGAAGAACCAUUGA